AUGGGCAAAUCUGAGAUGGCUGUACAACCACUCAUCAAGAAAGGUAAAGUUCAUGGCCUCAAGAAACUCAUUUGUGAGACCGAGAGUUCAGAUGAAGAUGAAGACCUUGGGUCAAGGGACUGGAUAAGAGACACAAACCUGCUCCUUAUUCCUGGAGCUAGUCACAGUGGGACUGGCUCACACAAGUUCAUGCAAGUCCUGAAAUCCCUGGUCAGUAUUGUUAUUCCGGAGCCCAACUGGCCUUGGAUUCUUAACAUUGGAAAUCAACUGUGGAUGGGAGAAAUGAUGUCGACAGAAUUUGUCGACAACUUCAUUAACAACCACUUAGAUGCUGGUAACGUCAUAACAUACAAGUUAUUGGAACAUCCAGUGCCCACAAAUCUGUUUAACACACUAGAGGCCUGUCUGGUUCUAGAAGAUUGGCAUCAGGGAAGAAAAAUCAGAAAGUCUGGGAAGAUUGUGGCGGGCAAGAGUGUCGCAAAUGUCUUGUCCAGAAUCAAAAGGCGGAUUAGUGAAAACGAAAAUGUGCAGAAUGCAGGGCAUGACCUGGCUGAUGUAGACAAUCAGCCCCAGGAUCAUGGUGUAAAACAUGACACAGUAGACAAUGGCCUUGGAGGGCAACAACAAGCAAGUUCUGGGCCAUCUAGUGAUGAUGCUCGCAUGAACCUAGGUGACGUCCUACAUGAUUCUGGGUCCUCUCCUGAUGGAGUACAGCAGAUAUCUUCGCUGGGGACAGAUCAAACAGUCAGACAGAUGGUGUUGAACCUGCCACUGGGCCAAACAAUGGCUCUCCCAACCAUGAUAUGGGUAUAUCUCUACCACCGUCUCCGUCUUCCACACCACCUCCUAUUACCACCUCCCCAUUUGGCACACCUUCCCUCAAUUCCUCUAACAACAACACAUGUACCUCAGGGUGAUGUCGUGAAGGAGGCUCUAAGGCAACUUACUGAAUAUUUGCGACACCACUCCUUGGAGGAGUAUCAAGCCACACUGAGACUGUACUACCCGGCUGAAUAUGCAGGAGUCAUUAAAGACUAUGUGCAUGGCAUGGCGCACAAUAAUCUGACUCAGGAAGGAUCCUUGCAUUGA